AAAUGUGUAUGGGAAAGGAGAUGUAUAUACCAGACAUGGAUGGGGUGUUGUGCUUAUGGUAAUUUUAUCGUGGAGAUCCGUUACACAGAAUAUUUCUGUUGUUCAGGAUGGAGACACAAUGGGAAUAAAGCUUGUAAUAUACCUAUCUGUCGUGGUGACUGUGGGGGCGCCGUAAGAGGCACAUGCAUAGCGCCAGAUGUGUGUGAAUGUAAUGCAGAUUACACGGGAAAAUAUUGUUCUGAUAUUGCCGAAUGUUCGAGUCUGCGUCCUUGCUAUCCGGGUUACUGUGUUGGUAGCAACUGUCGGUGUACAAACAACUUUUAUCCAACAGGAGGCACGAGCACAGAAAACUGCCUUAGCUAUCCAACAGGCGAAAUAUAUGAACCAGUCAUCGAGCAAAGCACUGUAAAACUUGGAUACUACCAUCAAGUGAAACAGAUGAUAAUGUACAACAUGACCAUUGAUUCAGCAAUGAGUCCGGAAAAUGUUGAGACAUUUUGGACAAAUCGAAGGGAUUUUAAUAGACUCGACUUUACCUUUCAGUCUAUUUAUAGUCCUGAUGCACUGGAUCUGCCAAUUCAACCGAGUUAUGUUCAAUACUUUCAACUCGGUGUCACAGAGGCCGAUAUUUCUGUCAUAGUAACGAAUUUAACUAGUGGAAGUAAAUACAACAAAAAGUUAACUUGUUCGGGAAUCAGUAGAGAUGAUCCUGAAAAUAAAGAACUAUUUCGCUGUGAUGAUAGUAUUGACAAUUUCAACACUCGAUUCGACUCCGGAGACACAUAUAAAGUAACAUUUAGAGCAAAAAAUGGUGGAUUUAGAGUUCUCAGGAACGGAGACAAACAAUAUUACCAGGGCAGAGAAGCAAGAAAAAUAAUAGAAAUAAAAUUUGACACAGACACGCCAUAUCAUUGCUCUGAGAAAAACGAGUGCAGUGAUUCUACUUCCACAAUGAUGCAUAUUACUAAAGAUGUCACAGACACUGACAUCAGAAUCAGGUGGAAGGGAUGGAAAGAUCAGCUAUCCACAAUUGCUCGAUACGCUUUAGAGGUUUUUAAGUUGCAACCUGAUGGGGAGGGUAAUUUGAAAGAGCCUUACACUGAUCUAAUUCCAAACCCGGUCCCUCUGAUCAUAACAGAAUUCCCCGAAACUACAGAGGGUGCCGAGCACACGUUUUCAUACAGACCGAAGGAUCCUGGUGUUUAUUCUUGGAUAUUAGAGGCGAAUGACAAAGCCAACAAUUCGGCCUACACCAGACGGUUUGUUAUUUAUGAUCCAGUAUCAACUGUAACUUCAGACUCUUCUCACAGGCUCUAUGCCACCUCUGGUAACCCAAGAUCAGAUUAUAACUGGCAAAUUCAAAACCCUAAAACUAUAUCCCUCACGUGGAAAGACCAUUUUGUGAAUACUCUUCACGAAGAGGGCCAAUUUUUGAACCGCAUCAGACACUUUCCAGAUUCUUUAAGCGAUGGGGGUAUUCGUAAUGGCUAUAAAACUAUCCCUGACAAAUAUGAUGAUCUAGAAGGAAAAAGAACUAGGAACGCUAUAAUUAAUAAACGAGGGAUUGUAAAAUACGAUGUUGCCUAUUAUAUUGGGAGAAACCAGCUGAAUCCUCCGUCUUAUCAAAAUCAAAGUAUUGCUGAAUCUUCUAUUAAUAUUUCCUUAAGUCAAGAACUUAGGGAUGGGGAUUCUGUUAGUGUUUGGGUAAAGGCUUAUGACAUACUUGGAAAAUCCAAAGUUGAAAGGAUCCUUGUUCAUUAUGAUUCUUCGCCACCCACUGCGCAAGAUCCUACUCUGCAGAAAAAUAUUGGCGAAAACAAAAUGGAUUUUUCAAGCAGACUUCAGAUCCUUGGUGCUACUGAUCCAAAUAGUGGUGUUAAUAGAAUCAAGUAUCGCUUCUACGCCAAAUCAACUGGGGCUUUGAUAAAUAACAGAGAGUAUGAAUAUAAAAAUCCAGUGAGAGAUGUCAAUUAUUGUAAUAGGUUUCCUUGUGAUGAAAAUCUUCCAAGUGGUAACUCAUUCGGCAGAACCAUCCAGUUAGACUUUGACAAUUGCCAUGCAAUGAAUGUUAGCAAUGUUGCAACAGAAACCGUUACUAUGCAGUUAGAUAUAUACAAUUCCGCAGGACUUUUCAUCCAAAAGAGUAUUGAAAUUUAUAAUCUUACUACACUCCGGGGAGUCAACGAUUAUUUCGGUCCCAUGAACGUAAGAAUUGCAGAAGUCGUAUCUCCUACCAGUAUAAAAAUAAUGUGGGAGCAAGCACCCAGUUGUUAUAACAUACAGGGAAUCAACUUUACGUACACCAAAGCUGACGGGACGGACGAGAAGGCUUUCCUUAUCCAUAAAAACAAUCCCUGGCAUACAAUGAGUAACUUGGAACCGGGUGCAAAAUACAUUAUCAGACUUUAUACAUUGUAUGGUGAUGAUGAGAGCAACCCAAUAAGAAGUGAAGCUACCUUAUUUUCGACAAAUAUACCUCAAAGACUAACAGACGAAGGCCCGUCCACAGGUGCAGUUGCUGGUGGAGUUGUUGGUGGAAUCGUGAUAAUCAUCAUACUUGUCUUGAUAUUUUUGAUAUUCAUGGUAAAAACAAGAAGGAUGAGUAACCCAAUAGAUAGAUUUCGAUCUUCACCCCAGCAAACCUCUAGUUACAUAGAUAAUGAGUUUGAGCCUAUCGGUGGAGUAACAAGAAGGAACAACAGCAGUCUGCCAAAGGCUUAUGGUAACAGAGCCUACUCUCAAGAAUUUGAUGACGAUGUUUAUUACGCUGAAAACGAAACGCCCCUGAGGUACCAAAUAAUGCGGCAUAGAAUAACCUUCGAGGAGGAAAUUACCCGAGGAAAAUUUGCAAUCAUAUACAAAGCCAAGUUUAUGAGAGACAGCUCAACUACCGUUGUAGCAAAAACAAUGAAAGAAAAUCCAUCAAAGGCAGAUAUUGAAACCAUGCACGCCAAGGUGAAUUUUUACACAAUGAAGGUUGGGGAACAUCCAAACGUCCUCAAGUUUAUUGGAGUCGUAGAUGAUGACGUUCUUGGUCGAUUUAUGAUCCUGGAGUACUGUGAGAAUGGGACAUUGAAGGAGUAUUUAAAGAGCAAUAGACACAAAGUUAAUGAAGACAUGCAUGAAAAACUCUAUAGAUUCGCUUGUGGAAUCUGCAAAGGGAUGAACUACCUAGCUUCUCAAGGGGUUGUACAUAGACGUCUUGCUGCCAGAAAUGUUUUGCUGACAUUCCUUUUAGAGACAAAAAUCACAGGCUUUGGACCAGAACCUCGGGACAACGAAUCGGAUGGUGACAAUAAAAGUGAAAGAAUUCCAAUCAAAUGGAUGGCUCCAGAAUGUAUUAAAACAACAAAGUAUGCCACGGAAAAGAGUGAUGUCUGGUCUUAUGGGGUAGUUCUUUGGGAAAUUUUUUCCAUGGGCGAGGCCCCGUAUGAAGGAAUAAAGAGCGUGGAACUGGAUUCUAGACUAAAACGAGGAGAACGAUUGAAGAAACCAGAGCACUGUGACGACACAUUUUAUAAAAUAAUGAAGAAGUGCUGGUCAUAUGAGAGCAAGAAGCGUCCAAACUUUGAGGAAAUUGUGGACCAGCUUCAGACCCUCUUCACCGGAAAUAUUGAUGGCGAUGAUUAUUAUUACUCAAGACAAGGACUUUAUGAUAACCGAAAAUGAAAUAUCUGAUUUGCAACACCUUUUUUAGGAGAAUGUCAUUCAAAAGUGUUUUAGACUCAAACCAAACUAAAAUCGGCAAUGGAUUUUUUUUGGUCGAAAUUGUUCAAAAAUCAAGAUUAGAUUUGGUAUACAUUAUCUUGAUUUUUCACAUGAGAAAAAUUAAGCAAGUUUGUUUUGUUACAUUAUAUUGACUCGUGAAUUUUUUUUAUAAAGAGGUAGAUAGAAUUUUUUUUAUUGAAGUGGGCUCUUAAAAAAACUUUGAUUGACCUAAAACUAUAGAUUUUAUAACUUAAAAAGUGUAUCCGCCUCUGAAACGAAUCAUGGACU